UUCUUCAAACGAUUGAGAAAUUCUUACACAUGAUCUAUUUUGGUACUGAGCGUCGUAUAUUGAUAUGCCACCCAAAUCUUCAGCGGCCGACAAGGCUUGGCCCACUAUGCUUACUCUACGUAUCAACUUUCGGAACAAGACAUUCUCAACCUCCUUCGAAACCACACAACAACUCAAGAAGCGGUGCAACUGCUCACUGCUUGUAAAUAUCAAUCCAUCAAACCAAAGUGCGUUCGAAAGCGCAUUCUGUCAAGGCGUGCUGGUUCCCGACACCUUUUCCGCCCGUUUCGUAAUCACCAGCUCUACACAUGUUAAAAAAGCCAAGGAGCUCUGCGUCCAUAAUCCUGAGCGUACAUACGAAGACGCUAAAAUGUUCCGAUUGUGGAUUCUGAGGUUGGCGACGAAACUCUCCACCUUCUGCGAAUCUGACCAUUCUCAAGACUCAAGUUCGGUUGAGCAAGACUACACUCUUAGACCGUUUAAGACGGGCAAUGUUACCAAAAGAACUACUUACGAAGAUGUCAGGCGGCUCUUGGAAUCACCACUGAGUCCAAGCGAAAGGCAAGAUCAUGGGAUGGGUUACGUUUACAUCCUUCGAUCUCAAAUUGGAUUCAACACUCUAGCAGAACUGAAGAUUGGAUUUUCAAAGUAUCAUCCGGAACAUCGGUCACACGAAUUGGCUAGUUGUUUGGCACUCCCUGAGAUCAUUAGCUUCACUCCCUACAUGCCGCAUGCGAAGAGACUGGAGUCCAUCAUCCAUACGGAGCUCCAGGCCUGUCGAAAGGUCCAGCUUUGCCCCAAGUGUCACCACAAUCACCGAGAGUGGUUUACCGUAUCUCAUGUCGACUCUCGAGAGAUUGUAACGAGGUGGAGCCAAUGGCUGCUUCGAAGACCUUAUCAGGACGGGAAGUUGACGGAUGAAUGGAAAGACCAUCUUGCUAGGACUGAGCCCUCUGAUGACGACCUGUCUACCGCCAAUUUCUGGGAGACCACGAUUAGUGCCUUCCCCAGAGAAGAAUCGGACCUCGACGUGUCCCGGCGCAUCGGGAAGUACCUGAACGAAUGCUACUGGGAUAACGCCUGUGAGAGAAUGGGCAUUGGUCUACUUGGGAAAGAAUUCAAGGAUGAGAUACGGGGAGAUCUCCGCCAGAUGCUGGGAACUCACGAUGGAAUUUCCAUUUCGGCAUUGCAAGCCCAACUCUUGGAAUUAGCGGACAAACUUCGCGAAUACAAGGAGAAGAGUGAGAAUGGAAAUCGCGGGACCAACUCUAACGACCGUCCAUUUUUUGAAGACCUGAUUCGGCCAGAAAUGCGGGGAGUUUCGGUUCAUCCCGAUAUGACAAUCGGUAGCCUGCUUCGUCCAAAUAUUCCAUGGAUUGAUCGCCAAGUUCAUCCAGACACGCCUCUCAGUCUCCUGAUCAACCCAGACAAGACGCCUGGUCCCCUUACUGUUUUGACGAAACGGCAGCGAGACGACGAUGAGGCGUCCAGAAAAGAUGACUGGAUACUUAAAGCUUUUGACUCUCUCAAGAAUAUAAAGACAGGUGCCAUGUCCGUCAGUGAUCCGGUUCUGGGAAUUAGCGAGUCGCCUCUGGGUGAUGCUACCCUGCUUCCGGUCCUCGCCCUUAACGACCUGAAGUAUCUCGACGCACCGGUGUCUAAUUGGGUUGGCAUGAACCCAACGAACGCUGGAUUCCAACGCUUGCAGGAGGCGUAUCAACGCGGCGAGUGGGUUGGCGAGCCGCAGUUCAAGUUACCAAAAGCUUUUCGAAGAUCUGGGAUUAAGAUCCUCGACCCCAAGGCUGCCGAGACUUCGAAGCAAAAGUUUGAGCAAGCUUCUAAAGGAAGGCCGUCUAAGAAGGAAUCCAAAGAGACUGCUACUAAAGAGAAGAAAUCCGGAUUCGACCAAAACGAUAGCGGACAGCAAUGCGAAUUCACCCGUGGACCAGAGGGGGAUAAAUGGACCUUUUCCCGACCACUCGACGAAAAUUUCAUUCGGGAGGUCAAUGACUUACUAGAAGAAAUGAAAAUUGGGGGCCGAGCGGAAGUUGAGAGAAGAGCGGCAAACGCCUUCCGUCACUACGGGAUUCCCACAGGAGUCGACUUGACCGAUGAAGGGGACUCUAGUGAUUCGGACUCUAACUGUUCAAUUAGCUCCCCACCCAGCAAAAAUGCUGCUAGGAUCAAAGAUCCAUAUCCGGGUUCUGCAUCGCCUUCCAAAGAAACACUGAAUCCGAAUUCUGCAUCAUCUUCUAGAGAACCUCCGAAGAGGAAGCCGGUAGCUGGUCUCGGAGGCAUCACGGCAAAGAAGGCCAAGUUGUGGCUGGAUUCAUUGUAGCGAACCGAAAUCGAAUAGCCUUCGACUUCUGGCUGUGGCUGGUAAGUAGUCGGCGGCUUUCCGCGUGAACCAAGGUCUUUGCGGCUUCGGGAUGAUAUAGCAUUGUCUGUCCCUUCAUAAGUCCGGGUAUGAUAUGAACUUCAACACGACAUGUCCCGGGGGCUAGAUUUGGUGGCCUCAUCAUUGGCUUUCUACGUGCAGUAAGUAUCUAACGGAUGACGGCCUGGCGACGAGAUCAGGAUUUGAGGCCUGGGGGUGCUUUGGUUUGCUUUUCAGGUUCUCGGUAGUGCUCAGGGUGCUUUAUCGUGUUUUCUUUUCUUCCAUAGCUCUUGCGAACCGUAUACGAUUCCCUUAGUUUUGGGCGAACGCUAUCUGCUUACAUC